AUGGCAUCAACGUCGGAAAAGGACAUUAUCCAACCAUUAAAUGAUGAACAUGCUGUGAGUCAUCCCUCUUACCAUAAAUGGCCUUGAAAAUAACCCAGCUCAUGUGCAGAUGGUCAUGAAGCCGUUUACCACAAACGAUCACACGAACAAGGAGAAGAAUCUAGAGUACAGAACCCCUUGAUACAUUUCCAGAAGAGAUUCUCCUCCAGAUAAUGAAGCUACUCCACCCCGUUGAAUUGGUCUGUUUAGCUCUCAUGUCCACAAAACUCUACUGUGUCCACCGCGAAGUCCACGGAGUAGUCAAGCUAGACACCGAAUAUCUGGUCGCCACUCCAGAAAACCCCUCCAACGGUGAACUUUCCGACCUCCUCAAAGAAUGGAUGGAGGAUAGGGGAUUCGCCUGGGUUGUCUGGGCUCGAGAUGGUGGCUGUGAGCAUUAUGAUCCUGAUCACUUUAAGGCUUCCAAAGGGUAUAAGAUGAAACAUGCCGCUGAUUUCAUCUAUGCUUACCCUUGCUUCUAUGUCCCACAUGCAUUUUCGAAGGACUGGCCUGUGAACAAGAGGGUCCCGAAGUUCAAAAACGGUAACUUGACCCACUAUAUGUGGGAUCGCUAUUUGUCGGUAACAUUGAAGAGUCAGAUCUACCUUCAUCAUAUAGGAAAGAGACGACCUCGGUACCAUUGGAAUGACUUUAGAGAAGCGGAGGACCGCGUCUCAGAAGUAGUUAUACACCACGUGUGA